AAUACGUUAUACAAAAAAGUUAGACGAACACAUCUAGACCUAGAAUCUAGUUGCCGGCUAAAAAUUGCAAAGCAAAAUGGCGACAAAAGCUACUGAAAAUGCGAAAGAGGAGGAGAUUCCGCUUUCGCCAGAGGAAGAAAAAACACUGCACGAAUUCUUUUCGAAGCUAGAUAUAAAUCAAGAUGGAAAGCUGGAUUUAAAUGAUUUAAAGAAGGCUAUGUCUGCUAUGCAGCUACCCCAGAUUCCUGGUCACGCAGAGAAAUUCUUUGAAAAAUAUGAUAAAAAUUUAGAUGGCAAAAUCAACUUUGAAGAGUUUGUCAGAUAUGUUACUGACCACGAGGCGGAGCUUAGAUCCUACUUCAAGAAAAUUGACACAAAUUCAGAUGGCUUUGUUGAUGCUGCUGAAAUUGUGGAAUCUUUUAAGAAACUCGGCGUCCAUCUUGAAUUAUCUGAGGCUGAAAAGUUGUUAAAAAGAAUGGACAAGGAUGGAACGUUGAAAAUUGACUGGAAUGAAUGGAGAGAGUACCUUAUCUUGACUCCUAGUCAAAGCAUACAUGACAUACUUCACUACUGGAGGCAUUCAUCAAUCAUAGACAUAGGUGAGAAUGGUUUGGUUCCAGAUGAUUUCACAGAGACUGAACUUAAAACUGGUAUGUGGUGGCGGCACCUUGUUGCAGGGGGAGCUGCUGGAGCUGUUUCUAGAACAGCCACCGCACCACUAGACAGGUUGAAAGUUUUGUUGCAGGUACAUGGAUCAAGUAAAAACAACCUAACUAUCAGAUCUGGGUUCAAACAAAUGCUUGAAGAGGGAGGAAUUAAGUCUCUGUGGAGAGGAAAUGGUGUUAAUGUGAUUAAAAUUGCACCGGAGUCUGCCAUCAAGUUCAUGGCCUAUGAACAGAUUAAAGCAUUGUUUAAGGGUGACUCAAAUAAAGAGCUUGGUGUGAUAGAAAGGCUUCUGUCAGGAUCAGCUGCUGGAGCUAUCUCACAGACUUUGAUUUAUCCAAUGGAGGUGUUAAAGACAAGACUUGCUCUCCGUAAGACUGGUCAGUACAAUGGAAUUUUCGAUUGUGCAAGAAAAGUUGCUAAACAUGAAGGACUUGGCAGUUUCUAUAGAGGUUAUGUCCCCAACUUGCUUGGCAUUAUCCCAUAUGCUGGUAUUGACUUAGCUAUCUAUGAGACUUUAAAGAAGCUUUACAUGCAGAAAAAUAAAGGCCAGGACCCUGGCAUUAUGGCCUUAUUGGUGUGUGGAACUGUUAGCAGUACUUGUGGUCAACUAGCCAGUUAUCCCCUGUCACUUGUUAGAACAAGGCUACAAGCACAAGCCCAAUCAGGAUCUGUUAAAAAGGACACAAUGACUGGGCAGUUCAAGUACAUCUUAAAGCAUGAUGGACCCAAGGGGUUGUACAGGGGUAUUGCACCCAACUUUCUCAAGGUGGCACCAGCUGUUAGUAUAAGCUAUGUUGUGUAUGAGCAAGUCCGUUCAGCCAUGGGUAUAAAAAUGUCUUAGGUUUUUUCAUACAUUUGUUGAUUCACUUUGUUAGGGACUUACGGCUUUUUAGACGAUAAGAUUUUUUUAAAACUUGCUAGUUCAUACAGAUUGCUUUUGCACAAAGUAUUCUUGCAAAAUCUGAUUACAUUCAUUAUGUCUAGUGAAAAUAAGUAUGGAAUUUUGUUAGUAGGUGGUAAAAGAAAAAUCAGUUUUACUGUCUCAUUUAUAAAGUCAAAGAACUGAUGUUAAUAUCUUUUGUUGUGAUCUCACUGCUGAUGUCAUUGAUUACUUUAUUAUGACUAUCUUAUUACUUUACUUUGAAUUACAAUGUCAGUAGUCCAACAUGUUUUGGUUAGUAGGUUCAUUGUUUUUUAUUCAACACUUUUUUGACAGUAUUUAGUCAUCUUUAUCAAAAAUAUUUUAACACGACAUAUAGGUGUUGUUGCUUAUGUAGUUUAGAUUCCCACAAUUUUCACUAGCUUUUUUUUUUUUUGUAUUUCAAGGUUAUACCUUUUGAAAUACCAGAAAUUUUUAUUUCAGUACAAAUCAUGGCUUAAAUAGUUUUUAAAUUUUAGAUGGAACUUAU